CUUUUCAUUAUUUCUUGUAGUAGAAUAUUGGCACUUCCCUAGGAAGCAGGAAGCACCAUUAAAAUAGUUAUGGAAGGAAGGAUGACCCAUCAUCCUUUGUGGAAUAAUAAUAAUAACAGCACCAGCGGUAUUUAUAUUUCAGCAUCUCCAAUUCCGAUAUCUCGCACUGCCAAGUCCCAGCUUAGCCGGCCGUGGGUGAGCGUCAAGAGGCCUUCGUUCACGUUCCGAUUUGGGGGAAGUCCGAUGGAAGACCCGCUCACUUCUUCUUCAUCGUCAUCCACUACCGUCAGUCCAAGGAAGAACUUGACGACAUCGAAUCACAUGCGCCAUGUCGAAUCCAUGGCCAAACUGCCUUCUGGAGCCGGCAAGAUAACCAGAUUGAAUGCUGUCAUCUUAGGCGAGGCACUUGCUUCCGAGGAGGAUGAUCUCGUCUUUCCCAGCGAAAAUUUCUCUCGCCAAGCUCAUGUUUCUUCUCUUCAGAAGUAUUUGGAGAUGUAUAGAAGGUCGGUCCAGGAUCCCGCCGGAUUCUGGUCCGACAUUGCAUCAGAGUUCUACUGGAGAGAGAAAUGGGGCCAACAGGUCUACUUUGAGAAUCUUGAUAUUCGAAAGGGGAAAAUCCAGAUCGAGUGGUUCAAGGGUGGAAUGACAAACAUCUGCUACAACUGCUUGGAUAGAAACAUAGAAUCUGGAAAUGGUGACAAAAUUGCUAUUUACUGGGAAGGAAAUGAACCUGGUCUUGAUAGUUCUUUGACUUACAAUCAACUCUUGGCUAGAGUUUGCCAGCUAGCAAAUUACUUGAAAGAUAUUGGAGUUCGCAAGGGUGAUGCAGUUGUCAUUUACUUACCCAUGCUUAUGGAGCUACCAAUUGCGAUGCUUGCUUGUGCUCGUAUUGGUGCCGUUCACUCGGUUGUGUUUGCUGGGUUCUCAGCUGAAUCUCUUGCUCAAAGAAUCAUGGAUUGCAGACCGAAGGUCGUCAUAACGUGCAAUGCUGUUAUGAGGGGGUCCAAGAUCAUUUAUCUCAAAGAAAUUGUUGAUAGAGCCCUUAUGGAAUCUGCUCAAAAUGGCAUCAAUACAGAUGUGUGUUUGACAUAUGAAAAUGAAUCAGCAAUGAAAAAGGAAAUGACUAAAUGGAUCAAGGGGCGAGACAUUUGGUGGCAGGAUGUUAUACCGAAAUAUCCAGUUACAUGUGAUGUGGAGUGGGUUGACGCAGAAGAUCCACUUUUCCUGCUUUACACCAGCGGGAGUACCGGAAAGCCUAAGGGUGUCCUGCAUACAACGGGAGGAUAUAUGGUGUACACUGCUACAACAUUCAAAUAUGCAUUUGACUACAAGCCUACAGACAUAUAUUGGUGUACAGCUGACUGUGGUUGGAUAACUGGGCAUAGCUAUGUAACCUAUGGACCUUUGCUAAAUGGAGCAACUGUUGUGAUUUUUGAAGGGGCCCCAAGUUAUCCAGAUGCUGGACGUUGUUGGGAUAUUGUUGAUAAGUUUAAGGUUUCAAUAUUUUAUACAGCUCCCACUCUGGUGAGGUCUCUGAUGCGUGAGGGAGAUGAGCAUGUCUCUCGAUAUUCACGCAAAUCUUUACGGGUGCUUGGAAGUGUGGGGGAGCCUAUCAAUCCAAGUGCAUGGAGGUGGUUUUUCAAUGUGGUAGGUGAUGCAAGGUGCCCCAUAUCUGACACAUGGUGGCAAACAGAAACCGGUGGCUUCAUGAUUACUCCUUUACCAGGAGCAUGGCCGCAGAAACCUGGUUCUGCUACUUUUCCUUUCUUUGGAGUCCAGCCAGUAAUAGUGGACGAGAAAGGUGUUGAGAUUGAAGGUGAGUGCAGCGGGUACCUGUGUGUGAAAAGUUCAUGGCCUGGGGCAUUUCGAACACUUUAUGGGGAUCACGAAAGAUAUGAAGCCACAUACUUUAGUGCCUUCCCUGGCUAUUAUUUUAGUGGUGAUGGCUGCAGCAGGGACAAAGAUGGUUACUGCUGGCUCACUGGAAGAGUAGAUGAUGUGAUUAAUGUGAGUGGACAUCGUAUUGGCACAGCUGAAGUGGAAUCUGCUCUAGUUUCCCAUCCUCAGUGUGCUGAAGCAGCUGUGGUUGGUGUAGAGCAUGAGGUUAAAGGACAGGGAAUAUAUGCAUUUGUUACUCUGGUCGAAGGUGUUCCAUACAGUGAUGACCUGCGAAAAAGUCUUGUGAUGGUUGUUAGGAACCAGAUUGGAGCUUUUGCAGCGCCAGACAAGAUACAUUGGGCACCGGGUCUUCCAAAGACAAGAAGUGGGAAAAUAAUGAGAAGAAUUCUAAGGAAAAUUGCUUCCAGGCAGUUAGAUGAGCUUGGGGACACUAGUACACUUGCAGACCCGACUGUGGUUGAUCAGCUAAUUGCACUUGCUGAUUGCUAAGUAACAACUUCCAAGUUUAGUGAAGUUACAGGUUCUAGAAAGAAGAAAAAAAAAGGUUACAGCUUUAGCUGAUUGUGCUGGUAAGAGAUUGGUAUUUUCUUUCAGUUUUAGCUGGAUUUUCAUGUGAGAACCUUUUCUCUCCAAAUUUGAAACAACUUACGAUUAACACACUUUUGAAGGUCAGGAUGCAUUGAGAAUCAAGAAAUAAGAUACCAAGAUACGGAUUCAAUGUAUUUCUGGUUGUCUUGCACACUUUUCGCUGAAUGUUAUCUUUGCACGUCUGAAAUUUCAUGAUUAAGGAUCUGAUAUCAAAGUGGAGAAUUUAUUGUAAGUUGGAGGAGGACUAAUAUUUGAACUUAUUAUGAAAAGCGAUUUCAACAAAGAAAUCUGAGAAAAAUAUGUUUAGUAUGUCAAUGUAUUCUAUGAGAAAAAAAAGUUUGCUUUUA